AUGGCGAUGACCACGGACGCAUCUUCUCAGAAGUGGUUUGACUCCAACGCAAAGCAACUUGCCAGCUGGGGUGUCGACUACAUCAAGUUGGACUACAUCACCCCAGGCUCCCCGGCUAACGGCGUGAACCUGCCUGGUGACGAGAGUCGUGAGGUGCGAAUGUGGUACAAUGCCAUUAAAACGUUACGCAAAAUGAUCACUUUAUCCAUCUCCUGGAAGCUUGACCGAAGCAAGAAAUAUUUCGACAUAUGGCGUGCCAACGCUGACUCCAUGCGCGUGGACCAAGAUAUCCAAACCUACAAGAAGACGCCGCGUGUCUCUUGGGAAAAUGUUUUGCGGACUCUUAAAAUUAUUUGGAAAGAUAUAAGUGGUCUCACCUACGACCAGCGCAAGUCUGUCUUUAUCCACUGGAUCGGCAGCUCUGCCGAGCUGAAUCUAGGCGAUGAUUUGACCCGCCCCGACCAUCAGGGAAUAGCUCUCCUCACUGACCCAGACGCACUAUCGGCUGCCGACUUCACCGCCAACUACCCGAUGCAGCCACGAAACCCCGGCUCAGGAGGGAAUUCUUGGAAGAAUCAGAAUGCCUGGAUUUCUGGCCCGUCACGUUCCGGGGAGUUCAUUGCAGUUCUUGCCAACUAUGACAAAUCUGGCAGUCAGACCAUCGCUGCGAAAUGGAGUGAUCUCGGAGUAUCAGGCACAUACGAGUGUUUCGACGUCUUUGGCAAAUCGACUAGAAAGGUCGAUUCAGAGCUUCGUGCGGAGCUUAAAGGUUUUCAGAGUGUUAUGUACCGCUGCACCACUCGAGCUUAUACUUGA